GGAGGGUGACAGUCUGAAAGUGUGUGAGUAGGGAGAGAGAGGAACACACACACAGUCAUACACAGUCAUACACAGAGAGAAAGAGAGAAUCAGCAGUGUGUGUGAAGGAUCACUCUUAUCCCGGCUUGUCUUGAGGGGAGAUCUACCUAACCUCGUCCAGCCGAGCAUUUUUGUGGGACUGUUUUAUGUUGUUGUUGUCGAGAGAGACGGACCCUUACUCCAGCAUGCUCACUGAGCCUGAGCUACCUCAGGAGUGUAACAGGAUGUCUUCCAAGCGACCAGCGUCUCCAUAUGGGGGGACAGAUGGAGAGGUAACCAUAGCAACCAGCAGACAGCGCGUGGAGGAUGAGGAGAGUGAGGGACUGGGUGGUGUGAUCCACCUCCCCUUGGCCUCCUACUGCAGCAAGGUGUCCCCGCGCUCGCCCCCUUUUCGGACCUUGGACAGCCCCCCCAACAACACGGAUCUGGACGGUUCCAAGGGGAACUCCCUUAGCCCUUACGCCCUGCACAAUGCUACCUCACCAGGCAAAGACGAAGUCGGCGCCGGGGGUCGACCGUGCAGCGACGGUGGCUCGGCCGCGGGGGCCCUGGGAACCCCGGAGAGACGCAAGGGGAGCCUGGCGGACGUCGUGGACACACUGAAACAACGCAAGAUGGAGGAGCUGAUCAAGAAUGAACCAGAAGAAGCUCCCAGCAUUGAGAGGCUGUUGUCAAAGGACUGGAAGGACAAACUUUUGGCCAUGGGCUCAGGGCACAUUGGCGAUAUUAAAGGUACACCGGACAGCCUGGCAGAGAAAGAGCGCCAACUCAUGGGCAUGAUUGGCCAGCUGAGCAGCCUGAGGGAGCAGCUCCUGGCGGCCCAUGAGGAGCAGAAGAAGCUGGCCGCCUCGCAGAUGGAGAAACAGAGGCAGCAGAUGGAGCUGGCCAAGCAGCAGCAGGACCAGAUUGCCCGGCAACAACAGCAGCUUCUGCAGCAGCAGCACAAAAUCAACCUCCUGCAGCAGCAAAUCCAGCAGGUCCAGGGCCAACUCCCGCCGCUGAUGAUUCCCGUCUUCCCCCCGGACCAGAGGACCCUUGCGGCAGCGGCGGCCCAGCAGGGCUUCCUCAUGCCCCCUGGCUUCAACUACAAACCCGGCUGCAGUGACCCGUACCCUCUCCAGCUCAUCCCCACCACAAUGGCCGCAGCUGCUGCAGCCACACCUGGCCUGGGACCCCUUCAGCUCCAGCAGUUGUACGCGGCUCAGCUGGCGGCCAUGCAGGUCUCCCCCGGGGCCAAGCAGCACGGCCUGGCGUCCCAAGCCAACCUGGGCACGCACUCCCCGCCCACCAACACACACUCGCAGAGCGACAAGGGCCGCAGCUCCCCGCAACCAAACAAGACCAAGGACAGUGAGGGUGCACAGCCACUGAACCUGUCGGCCAAGCCUAAGGCAUCCGAGAGCAAGUCACCCAACUCCCCCCCAACUUCCCCACAGGUCCCUGCUGCCGCUGCCGCCAAGCUGGGCCCCGCCGGCUCCAUGAAGCACAGUGUCGCCCCCUCCAGCAUCGGAGGACCUCCGGCCAGAGUCAGCUCGAUAGCAGAUUUGCUGUCGUCGCUGUCCUCGGGUGCCUACCUGAACGACCACGAGGCCGUGACCAAGGCGUUUGCCGAGGCUCGACAGAUGAAAGAGCAGCUAAAACGGGAGCAGCAGGUUCUCGACGCCAAGGUGGCGGCCGUCAGCGGCCUCGGCCUCAACAACGGACGCUCCGACAAGGCCCUGUUUGCGCAGGACAAGGCGGCCUUGGAAAGUCUGAGUCAACAGCUGAAGCAGCAGGCCGAGGACAAGUUCAGCCACGCCAUGCUGGACUUCACCAUGAGCGGCGACUCUGACGGCUCUCCGAGCGUGUCCGACUCCCGGAUAUUCCGCGAGGCCCGGGGUCGCGGCAGCAGCGAGCCGCACAUCAAACGGCCCAUGAACGCCUUCAUGGUGUGGGCCAAGGACGAGCGGAGGAAGAUCCUGCAGGCUUUCCCUGACAUGCACAACUCGAACAUCAGCAAGAUCCUCGGCUCGCGCUGGAAAGCCAUGACCAACCUGGAGAAGCAGCCGUACUACGAGGAGCAAGCGCGCCUCAGCAAGCAGCACCUGGAAAAGUACCCGGACUACAAGUACAAGCCGCGGCCCAAGCGCACGUGCCUGGUGGACGGCAAGAAGCUGCGCAUCGGAGAGUACAAGGCCAUCAUGCGCUCCCGGCGACAGGAAAUGAGGCAGUACUUCAGUGUGGGGCAGCAGAGUCAGCUGCCCCUGUCGUCGGCGGGCGUGGUCUACCCAGGCGCCCUCUCCAUGGCGGGCAUGCCGUCGCCCCAGAUGCCCUCGGAGCACUCGAGCAUGUCGAGCAGCCCCGAGCCCAACGCCAACCACCACCACCACCACCACCACCACCACCACACCUCGUCCCACUUGGGCGGCCUGAAGGGCGACGAGCCGCGCGUCAAGGAGGAGGAGCUGCGGCUGGACGACAGCAACGGCGACGUCUACGACGACUUCGACUACGAAGAUGAGGAAGCCGACUACGCCAGCGACAACGAAAAUCACAUCGCUCAAUAGGAGGACCCAGGAAGUCAAUCACCCUUUUACCACCCUUAUUCCUCCCACGCUGACUCUUCGCAUAGCCGAAACCCCCUCCCAUUGGAGUUAGCCAGCAUCCGACCAAUCAGUCGAAGCGUAGGACUGUCACCCACACUGACUGUUACACAAUCUGGGAGGAAGACAAAGCCAGCCGGCCCCGAGGAGCAUCCAAGUAUCGCGUCGCGAGCGACGUCACUCCGGUGGAGAAAAGAAAAAAAAAGCGACCUUUUAAACAGUUUGUACACAAAGAAAAGUCGCAAAACAGCGGACCUGUCAUGGGCCAAAACAGAUGACACUUUAAAGAUGGCGGACCUUUUUUUCUUAAGAGACACUUUUUAAAAGAGAGGAAAAAAAAAAAAAAAAAAGGCUUUUUUUUUUUUUCCCUGUUCUUGGUUCUAUAAUAUUCUCACUCAGGUACACGGUGCCAAUAAGUGGCUUGUGAAUGUGAUUUGGUUUUUUUUUUUUUGUUUUGUUUGUUUUCUGUGCUCAGUUUGAAUAAUAAUAGGAAAAAGAGACAUUUCUUUUCCCCCCAGUUUGUUGUGAAGCAACUGAAAGACACCACAUUAAUUUUUAACAGCAACGAGAGAGAUCUUAUCCUGGGGAUUUGCAGUUUUUAAAACUUCCACCCCCACACGCAAGCACGGACAUGGAGGUAUUGAUUUUUCCUUUAUUUAUAAUUUUUGCGGGGCGGGCUUGAUGACAAAAAGCACUGUGUUUUGCGAGACAAUCCACCUGUUCUGAUCUCGCUCUUUCCCUCCAUGAGCUGAACAGCAGUGCGACACAGCUUGAACCAUGCAACCGUGCGUGUGCGUGUGUGUGUGUGUGUGUCCAGGUUUUUCUGAGCUAAAAAAAAAAAAAAAAAGACAAAACUAUAACUGCUGUUUAUUGACUGUCGCACACACACAUAUACAUUAACAACUGUUAUGUUUUCCCCCCUGCUGAUCUCAGCAGGCCGCCAGUCAGUGUUUCUGUUUUGUAUUUGAAUACUGUAUUUUUAUUAUUUCUCUAAACUGCCUCUAUUCUAAUAUUAUUAACAAUAAUUAUAAGGAUGGUCAGCUAAGUUUAGUAAGUUAUGUACAGUAUAAUUUAUUUUUCUUCUCUAUAUCGGGUUUCUAUGACAUUAUUUUAGCUUGUAGGUAUUAGAUUUCAACAACACCCCCUUUUUUUUUGUUUCCUUUUUUUUUUGGUUCCCUUUAGAGUUUUUUCCGAUGUUUGGUAUUAAUCCGCCGCAGGGUGGGGUUUCGACGGCGGCUUGUCGGACAAGCCGAAGGCUUAAACCGUUGGAAAACCCCAUUUCGAAAAAGCACUCAGACUCUCUAGUCAGAGAAUAGAAGAACAUGAUAUUUUUAUUGUUAUAAAUAUUAUUAAGUUUAUUUGUAAUGCUUAUUCUAAAUGUAUAAUGUGAAGAUUCCUCUUUUCUUUUGUUUUGUUUUUAAACGCCCCAAUGUUUACGAGCUCGGCAGGACACGCAGUGGAACAUCAUUGGCUGGCAUCCACACACACACACACACGCACACACACACACACACACACACACACACACGCAUACACACACUUAAGAGAUUAUUCAUGACAACCAAACAAGUCCUAUGCUGUCUUUUUCGUCCAUUAUUUUUUUUUGUUUUUUUUACGUUGAGAUAAAAUCCUGUACAUAUAUUUUGUUUUUGUGAUAGUGGUUUGUUUUAAUCAUAGGAAAGCAGUGUUUACCCCACCGAUGGUGUUCCGCUGUGUGCGUACGGCAUCUUAAACUCCAUCAGGAGCCUAAUAUUUUUUUUUUUUUUUGGGUAUCUUUUUUUGAGCUCCACGGAGCCAUGACUUCUUCUCAUGACUUGACUUUGCUGUACAGCCAGCCCUGUUAUCACGCCACGAUGCUGGAGGGAGGAGAGUGGGGGGGGGGGGGCAUUAGGACGUCAAUCAUCCCUGCUGGCAAGGUCGCGCCCCCCCUCCACCAUAUCGAGACAAUGAAGAAAGCGAUCGUAUAAUUUAAGACAAUCAAAGUCAUGAGUGGAGCUCAAAACAGUCAGAUUACAAAAUUUAAAAAAAAACACAAAAUGUCUGACCAUCUCAACUUGAAAAAUCAAGAAAGAUAAUUGUGUAAAUAUAA